UUUCUCCUAAAAUAGUGCGUUCCUCUGGUUUUAGGGAGAGCUGUGAAAAUGGUGGAGAAAGUAAGGGAAGAAAAGAAGAGGUCAUCACCAGAUGAGUACACCAUCAAUCUCGGCAAGUUCUUGCAUGGAUGAAUAUUAGGAAGAAAACUCCAAAAGCCAUCAAGGAAGUCAGUUAGUUUGCCUAAAAGGCUAUGGGGACAACUUAUGCGAGAAUUGAUAGUAAGCUAACCCACACAUAUGGAGCCCCGGGAUUCGAAGUGUGCCGACGGAAGAGAAAUGACGAUGAAGAUGCCAAGGAGAAGCUUUACUCACUACUCACUGUUGCUAAAAUUGCGACAGAGGGGUUGAAGGGAUUAGGCACCAAAAUCAAUAAUUUAACUAAGUUUUAUCUACAUCAGGGUAACUCUUUAAGUAUUUCAUUCUCCAACCCAUCAAGUCAAACGGGGAGAAUAUCAACUGAUGCUGGGUUUCAUGGGUAG